AUGGAUACACCUGGCCAGGAAAAAGGAAUGUCGCUUUUCGACAGGAAUUCCAUGAUGAAGAAUCUCGAAGAGAAGGGCUACACAGUUGUGCCCGGUGUCCUGUCCUCAGAAAAGUGUGACGAUUUGAUUGGUCAGAUAAGACAAUGGCUGGACAAGUUUGUUGACGAUUCGCCAUUGGACCCACGCUUGUCCCUCACGCAACAAUACAGAGUGUCCGCCUCUCCUGUGGCGUGGGAAGUCCGCCUCAAGGCCAAACCUGUAUUCGCAAAAAUAUGGGGAACAGAUAAACUUCUGUCGAGCAUGGACGGAAUGGCGAUUGGAGAGCCCCCGGAACUUGGUAAUACUAGAUUCAACAAAAAAGGCGAAAAUUGGUUUCAUUUUGACCAGGGUAGUUGGCGAAUAGGAUUGCAUGCUUUCCAAGGAGCGGUGUACUUGGAAGAAACAACAGAAGAGGAUUAUUGCUUCCGGGUCAUCGAGGGGUCAUGCAGAGUUCAUAGAGAAUUCCUUGACACAUUCACAGAAGCCGAAGAAGACUCAGCCGGUGAGGAUUUUUACAUGUUGAAACCAGAAUUCGUAGAAUGGUACAAAAAUAAAGGUCUCAGAGAAAAAAAGGUUCCUGUCCCGAAAGGUGGCAUGGUUAUUUGGGACUCAAGAACGGUCCACGAUAACGUUAAACCGGAAAUGGGUCGUCUCCAUUCCGAUAGGUGGCGUUUUGUCACAUUUGUCUGUAUGACUCCAGCAAUAUGGACAAGCAAGAAGGAUUUAGAUUUAAAGAAAGAGGCAUUUGAAAAGAUGGUUGCCACAGCUCAUUGGCCAUCACAGGGAGUAUGGAUAUUUGCGAGCACUUCCGAAUGUAGCAAGACCAAGCAUAAAAGUCAGAUCGAAAUGGUUGAUGAAAUACCGGAAAUUGCCAAAACAAAGGAAGUUCGACUCCUUGUUGGUCUUGAUGAAUAUGAUUUUGAGGACGGGCUUCCCAAUGACCUUGGAUGGAAACCACAGUGGUCGAAAAAGGCUGAUCGACAGGUCAAAAGCAGCGCUGCAUUUAGUUAA